AUGGGAGAUUUCAACAAUGACAGCUCCUCACAGGACGGAAGCUAUUAUGACAGCUACAGUGGCGACUACUACAUAAAAGUACCUACCUUCAACUCCUUCUUUGUUGACUCACACAAUGAAAUCUACAAUGACUAUGUCUCUCAAAUAUUUCCCCAAGUCCCCUACCCCCCCACUGCCAUCUAUAAUCAUAACAACAUCACCUUUGGCUCCAGUAAUUACAGCAACAUCACUUUGGGCUCCAGUGAUUAUAUUUACACCCCCUUUGGGUACUACGAUUAUAAUGACAAAGCUGGAUUCAUCAUGUACGUGGUGACGUGCAUAAUUAUUUGCAUCGGCCUUCCGCUGACCCUCAUGGCCAUCUACAAUCUUUAUUCUCUGGUGAUGAAUGAUCGUGUUGGUCCAAUCUACGUCAUCAACCUUCUCAUUUCCGACCUCAUUCAGUUCUGCGGCAUGAUCUUUGAGGUGGCGCAACCUAAGGACAGGACAGUCAUUGAUACAUUCACAUAUAUUUACGUAUACUGUCUGGUGGCCAGUGUUUGCUUCAUGGUGUGCGUCGCCCUGGAAAGGUAUUUGGUCAUCGCCUGCCCACUGUGGUACCGCUUCAGACGAACCAUCAAGAUCUCUGUGCUGGGACUCCCUGCUGGCUCUGUGGUUAAGCCGUGGUAAUGGUCAGCUUACCCUGUUAGAUAGCAAGGUUGUGAUACAAUUUGAUCUGUAUAGUAGGUGGUGUUAAAAGAUUUGAAAAAUUUCUGCUGGGGCUGUAGCUUACAUCAGCUGCUUCCAGCUCUCACACUGCAUUUCUUCAGGAAAUGCACAUUCUAGUUAUAAAAGUGAUUCACUUACUUUUGAAAU